GAUAAUAGAUUUAUUUCUUGUAAUAUCAACAGAUUUGACGUGAAGACACACCUUGCGAAUUGGUUUAUUUCCAGAGAAUUGCGAUUGCAAAAGCAUGACAUUUUUCGUGUAUAUAGCAGUUUUGUUUAUUUCUAUUGAACAAACAAAGUCAACGUCAUCAUGCGAAGCGACACAAUCAGGGUGCAACUGUACAUUUAAUGAGGAAGGUGUUUUUGACACUACAUCAGAAAUCAUGGCGGCGUCAAUUGGAGCAAUGGGUCCACUGCUUCUCACAGGCGUUGGCUUCGCAAUCUGGAAGUACAUCCAAAGUAAAGGCCAAGACAUCGCUUUUGAGCGUGCGCCGUCGGAUGUUUCUGAUGAUUAUUACGAUUCCAGGCGAGGAUCAAAGGGUAGAGUAAGUCCGCAAAGUUCGGGGUCCGAUUACAACUACGCCCGUCGUGGAUCCACCCCGCUUUCUAUCACAGACACAGAAAACGAAUUUUAUCUCGCAGAAACUCCAUCCUCAGAAACACCGGAAUUGAAUCAGGGCGAUAAAUGGAACCCAUCUUCCAGGGCGGCCCCACCAUCUAACGCAGGCAGGGCGUCUAUCGCACCAGCCAAGUCGGAAGCUCUUAAUGGGUGGAUGUUCUGAAGGCGGAAUUCAACGGAGAAUGUUGCUAGGAUUUUCAUGAAAGCAUAAUCAACAUCGUAAUUAUAAAUAAGCAUUUCUAACAAGCGGUAAUUAUAUUUUAGAUCACCAUAAAAUGUGAAAUACGCCAUAUUUGAAGCGUUCAAAGGUAUUUUGAGACACAACUAGAGUAAUUUUUCAUUCGCCAUGUAUUUAAUGCAAUUUUCUUUAUUUUAGAAUAAGACAUUCUUUGUAUUGUUUUUUUGCUUUUUUUCGCAAAACGUCUCUAAAUCAUUGAUUAAUUAGAAAAUCACUAUAUCUAUAAAUGACAAAAAUAGCAAUGCAAUGAUAAUAAUGUAUUAAUAGUAAUGUAAUUCUUUUUUAAAUCAAACUUUAAACGUGUGUAACUUUAUAAUGUUUGUUGAAUUUGUUAAGUUUGAAAUAAAGUCAUGUGUGAAAGUGAUUAAAUUGUUCUACAAAUUC